AUGGGCCCCUGUACCGCCUCCUCAUGAUGCUGCCAGGUCCACAGUGUGUCAUGGGCCCCCGUACCGCCUCCUCAUGCUGCUGCCAGGCCCCUAAUCUGCCAUGGGCCCCUGUACUGCCUCCUCACACGCUGCUGCCAGGUCCACAGUGUGUCAUGGGUCCCCUGUACGGCCUCCCAUUGCUGCUGCCAGGCCCCUAAUCUGACAUGGGCCCCUGUACCGCCUCCUCAUGCUGCUGCCAGGCCCCUAAUCUGCCAUGGGCCCCCGUACCGCCUCCUCACGCUGCUGCCAGGUCCACAGUGUGUCAUGGGUCCCUGUACGGCCUCCCAUUGCUGCUGUCUCCAUCGCCACACUCUGCCAUGUGCCACUUUCAGGUCUCCUCACACUGCUGGUGGGUUCCAUUUUGUCAUAGGGUGCUGUAUGGCCUCCCAUUGCUGCUGCCUCCACCGCCACACUGUGGCUCCACACUCUGGUUUUAGCCCCGUGACUGCCCAAAUGAGUGAAGUGUGCGGUGAUUCUAAGAUCGACGGCACUCAUCUGCAUGUCAUACUGACUGACAGUAUUAUUUCUCUUCCCCAGCAGACUCCAAGGGCAUUUAAAUUAAAGGUACAGUGUUCUGCACUAAUAUAA